AUGACGACGGAGGUGGGACGAAGAAGGACACUGUCGAGACUUAGCCUGGGAAGUUCUGGUGCUCCUGUUUAUAACGACAAAUCUCGAUCAUCACUGUCAAAGAGACCAAAUUCAACUACGCAUGAAAAUAACGGCACAUCAGUAAAUAUGAGCAAAAGACGAAAAGUUGUUGAAAAAUCAAAGGAAGACAGCCUAGCGAGCAUACUUGUAGACUUUGAUCUAGCAACCAACGAACUAUACCAGCUUUCCGAGUACAAGUCAAUAAUUACUUGGGUACCAACAGAAUUUUCAAAGAAUGCGAACAAGUCAGUGCCAGAAUCAUUUCGGAGCUUCUGUGAAGAACACAAUUAUAACUUGAAAUGGGACAGUGAAAUUGAGAAUGACAUAGAAUUAAAGGCGCUUCCGUUUCGAUUUCAGAAAAAGAAGCUUUUGGAGAGAGAAACUUUACUAAAUGCAAAGUUUCCUUUCCGUAGGGAAGUUCUUGAAAAAUAUAAACAAGCUGAGGUCGACAUGUUUUCAAAACUUGGCCAGGACACUUCAGUAUUGCAAUCGACUAAAUCAAAAACUAAAAUCCACAGCAAAUCGAAAGAAUCUCGAAAAGAUGAGGUGCAAAGAGUACGACCUCAAGUGAAGACUUCAAAGCAAACGAAAGAUCGCAAAAGUGUCAGUGAUGGUGGUAAUGCUGAAGACAUUAAACAAAAUACAGACAAUUGUGAGACCGAUAAUGAUGUUGUUGUUGAGGGUGUUGAGGAAGACGAGGGUGUGCUUAAUGGGGCUGAAGUUGUACCACAUGCAUUCAACAAAAGAAUAAAACAGAUUUCUCGAAGCCUACCCAACCUUCUUGUAACCCACCCUUCUCAUGUACCUGGCUGGGCACCUCAGUCAACGGAUAGUGACAUGGUACUAAACAAAACCAACGGUGAGAAUGCUGUUCCCGACUUCCAUCCCGAACCUAUAAAGGUAGAACAAACACUAGAUGAAGAAAGAGUAGCUCCAAAUUUAACCAUAAAACUUCGAACCUUUUUGGACAAUAAUUACAGGACACCAAUCAUAGACGAACUGAAUGCUCCAGAUUACAACUUUACAAAACAAGAGUUUGAAUUUAUAAAUGCUCAGCAGAUGAACAUGUUCAAGAAUAUCUGGCACAAAAUUAAUCUUGACAAUACCCUAGAAUUCAAUGCAAAUAAAAUAGAAAGAAGAAAAGUGAUAAUACCACCAGUUUCUAAUGUCAAGUUGAGUGAUCCCUUUAGAAAUACAUCAUCGGUUAUUCCCAAAGUGCAAGGCUCCAGUAACGAUUCAACCCACCAGGACUAUCUUGUGGCACAGGGCAUGGCCUUUUCCCGUAUUCACCAUCAGAUGAGAAGGCAGCACAUGAAUCGUGCUAGAAGAGUUGCUACUAUAGUUGAUCAGCAUUUCAAGAGGAAAAAAGGUGAAAAGGAACGACUUUUGAGGGAACGCGAGCAGAACUUGAAAAAGAUGAGUAGAGUUGCUAUGCAAGCUGUUAAAAAGAGAUGGAACGACGCUUUCAAAGUAUACCAGAUCAUUCAAACUGCAAAAGAAGAGGAACUCAAAAAGGUCAAAGGCCGUGAACAUUUAAGUCAAAUGUUGCAACACUCGACUCAGCUUCUUGAGGCACAACUAACAUCUUCCAAGGAAGCAACUGCCGAGAGUGAGAAUAUUGUAAGCGAGGGCAACGACCUGAGAAUGGAUGACUCGGAUGAUUCCGACAAUUUCUCGUCCAGUUCGGAUGAAGAAGAGGAUGACGAUGACGAUGAACAAGAGGCGAAUGGACUGUCGGGGGCAGCUGAUGCUGAUAUCAAUCUAUCAGUUGAAGAGUUGAGAAGGAAAUACGCCAACAUUGAAAGCUCUGUUGAGCCCACUUCCGAGGGUAUCACAAAUGCUGUGGGCAAUGAAGAAGAGCUGCUUGAUAGUGAAGAGGAAAGCUUUGACGAGACUCGAGGGCUUGUGUCUCUAUAUGAUGAAAGUUAUUUUAAUACAGUGCGAAAUGGCAAAUCUAAGGACCUACUGGCAUCUGACGAAUAUUUAAAGAUCGUAAGCGAUCUGGAUCUUGAUAGAAAUGAACUUUUGGACUCUGAUGAAAGUAGUCCUAUUUCUGGGUCCAGCUCAGAUGGCGAAUCCCAAGACGAAUCAGAGGUGGAUCAGGAGGAUUUGUCUCAUUCCGAAUCAGAAGUGGAACUGUCAAGCAAAACCUCAUUAGCAAACUUGUAUGCUGGUAAAAGUACCGAAGUCGAGGAUUCAGGUGAUGACGAUGUUAAUAGCUUUAGUGAAAAAAGUGAUGACGAGUUGAUGCUGUCCGAAGAAGAAGAAAAUCUGGUGCCUAAUGGUGAAAGUGACAACAUGGAUCUAGUUUCCAAAGAUGACGAGGAAGAAGGCACGGAGUUAAUCAACGGGUCAAGAGUGAAGGACGUUAAAGUACCGUCUUUACUUCGUGGAACCCUCAGACCUUAUCAAAAACAAGGUCUUAAUUGGUUGGCAGGCUUAUUCAACAAUAACACGAAUGGAAUUUUGGCAGAUGAGAUGGGUUUGGGGAAGACCAUCCAAACUAUUUCACUAUUGAGUUAUUUGGCUUGCGAGCAUCAAAUAUGGGGACCUCAUUUAAUUAUUGUCCCCACUUCUGUGAUGUUGAACUGGGAUAUGGAAUUUAAGAAGUUUGCCCCUGGUUUCAAAAUUUUGACAUAUUAUGGUUCACCGCAGCAAAGAGCCCAGAAAAGAAAAGGGUGGAACAAGCCUGACGCGUUUCACGUUUGCAUAACUUCCUAUCAAUUAGUGGUCCAGGAUCAGCAAGCAUUCAAAAGAAGACGAUGGAGAUAUAUGAUUUUAGAUGAAGCACACAACAUUAAAAACUUUAGAUCUACAAGAUGGAAAGCAUUACUUAAUUUUAAUACUGAAAAUAGGUUGCUACUCACAGGUACACCAUUGCAAAACAAUUUAAUCGAGUUAUGGUCGUUGUUGUAUUUCUUGAUGCCUUCUUCAAAGACUAAUUUAUCGAUGCCUGAUGGCUUUUCAAACUUGGAGGACUUCCAGCAAUGGUUCGGUAAGCCUGUUGACAAAAUUUUAGAACAAACCACGUUGGGCAGUAAUUCCGACUUGAUUGACGAGAAUGAAAAAACGACACUGCGUAUGGAUGAGGAGACAAAAAAUACCGUGUCCAGAUUACAUCAAGUUUUGCGACCAUAUAUACUAAGGAGGUUAAAGAAGGAUGUGGAAAAGCAAAUGCCAGGGAAAUUUGAACACAUUUUGUACUGUCGGCUUUCAAAAAGGCAAAGAUAUUUGUAUGACGACUUUAUGUCCCGUGCAAAAACGAAAGAAACAUUGGCGUCGGGCAACUUCUUGUCUAUUAUUAAUUGCUUGAUGCAAUUGAGAAAAGUUUGUAACCAUCCGGACUUGUUUGAGGUUAGACCAAUAGUGACGUCUUUCUCCAUGCCUAGUUCGGUCUCGUCUUCUUUCCAAUACAUAAAUGAUUUGGUCAAACGCUUAUCUAUGAACUCAAAUGACGUGGUUGAUUUUGAUGUUCUCAAUUUGAACAUUACCAGCAACGGCAACUUGGACCACUUCAUAUCAGAGUCAACAUUACGUCUACAGUCACUGGGCCAGUUCCAGAAACAGGUUACUCAGCUUGAGAAGAUGAUAAGUGGCGGUAAGAACACCUUUACAGAUUUUGUUGGCUGUUUCCAGAAUUUAAAGAGUCAGGAGCAGGCUGAACUCAAGGAUAAGCUCCAACAUAUUCUGUACCUCAACACACUAAGAUGUGAAAAGAAAUCAAUAUAUGGUGACUCCUUAUUACGUUUCUUGACAAUUAAGGGGGCCGAAAAUACAAACUCGCUACUUGAUAAAUACAGCUUGUCAGUCGCUGAGAGAGCCAAUGCAAUGUCAGACGAGAUAGAAAAAUAUUCCAUAGUAACUCCUGCUGCCGUGGCAUUGGACAUGAAAGAUCAGCUCAUUCCCAAGAGAAUCCAAUACAAGGUCAAGCCAGAAAUCGAGAGUGGUAAAAUCACAAAUCCUUUCCACCAGUCACAAGUGAAGUUGUCAAUCGCGUUCCCUGACAAAACGUUGUUGCAAUAUGAUUGCGGUAAGCUUCAAAGAUUGGCCCAGUUGUUGAGGACAUUAACUGCCGAAGGGCAUCGUGCUUUGAUUUUUACACAAAUGACUAAAGUUCUUGAUAUUUUGGAGCAAUUUUUAAAUAUACAUGGUUACCGGUACAUGAGGUUAGACGGUGCCACAAAAAUUGAGGAUAGACAAUUAUUGACCGAGAAGUUUAAUAGAGAUCCCAAGAUUCCUGUCUUUAUAUUAUCAACAAGGUCUGGGGGGUUGGGUAUUAAUUUGACAGGGGCAGAUACUGUCAUCUUUUACGACUCGGACUGGAACCCAGCCAUGGACAAACAAUGUCAAGAUCGAUGCCAUCGUAUUGGGCAAGUUAGGGAUGUUCAUAUUUAUAGAUUUGUGUCCGAAUCAACCAUAGAGUCAAACAUUAUCAAAAAAGCCAACCAGAAACGGCAAUUGGAUAAUGUUGUUAUUCAAGAGGGUGAGUUCACUACUGAUUACCUUGGUAAAUUUUCGGUUCGUGAUUUGGUCAAUGAUCCAAACAUCUCGCAAAGUACCAAGGAGAUUGCCGAUAGAACUAUUGACUUUUCUGGUGACAUGAAAAUGACGAAAGCAUUUGCGCAAGCUGAAGACGAAGAGGAUAGAGUGGCUGCCGGUGCAGCUUUGAAGGAAGUUGCUGUAGACGAUGAGGACUUUACUGAUGAAAACAAGCCCCAAUCAAAUGGUUCAAAUGGUCCAACCAGUUCAGCAUCGAUGAUAAAAGGAUCGGAUGCGGAUGAUGACAUGCCCAUUGAUGUUGACUACGAGGAAGGAGUGGGUCACAUUGACGAGUACAUGUUGCGGUUCAUUUCCGACGGAUACUAUUAA